UGAAAAUGAGGAGUAUAAUCUCGGAUCUAUCAUUACAAAUCACGUAAAUUUUUAUUACUCAGUAAUGGUCAGGAAGAAGGAGCAUUUGUUUGUUCACUAUUUUCUCAUUCCAUCUUAUUCAUUAAGUAUUCAAUCAGUCUUAUUGCUCGACAUUCCAGUCUUUAUAAGCUCUCAGGAUGGUCCCACAAAGCAGGUCAGUCAUUCGGGUCGCACUUCUUGUCUGUGGUACGCCUAUCCCUCCAGUAGCGGAGGCUUUUGGAGGGUAUCCUGUCAUUUUCAGACAGCUACUGCAACAGGGAUUGGACGAACUCAAGAGUCAGGAUAGGAUUAACCAGGAUGUAGAGCUUAUUCUCGAGGGAUUCGACGUCCGUGAAGAUAGCUAUCCUGAGGAUCUUCAUGAUUGGGAUGCGAUCAUGAUAUCUGGGAGUGCCUCAAAUGCCUAUGAUGAUAUUUCAUGGAUCAACAAAUUGGUAGAGUAUGUACAAAAACUCCAUAAAGAAGGCGAAGGGCUGAAGAUGGUCGGUAUCUGUUUUGGCCACCAGAUUAUUGGACGAGCGUUUGGCGCUAAAGUCAGCAAAAGUCCUGACGGCUGGGAGCUUGGGUGGACAUCGACAGAUCUUACCAAGGAAGGACAGGCAUUUUGGAAGGGUACAGUCAUGAGGAUCCAGGAGCUUCACCAAGAUUUUGUACAUAGUAUUCCAGAUGGAUUUACACUUUUGGCUACUUCUCCGCACACUACAAACCAGUCCAUGGUUUCGAACGACCAUAGAAUUGUUUCUAUUCAAGGUCACCCAGAGUUCACUGGCCCUAUUAUGAAAGAAUUUAUUAAGUUCCGCACUGCAAACGGUACUUUUAGCAAAGAGCUUUCGGAGGCUUCGAUGAAAGUGAUAGACAAUCCCUUGGAUAGUGUCAAGGUUGCUGCGCAGAUCCUUCAAUUCAUUUUCGCAUAAUUCGUACGUGAUACGUAUUGUGGCUUGUUCACGUGAUAUUAUACAAGUUAGAUCCAUGACAGUAAACAGUAAAAUCAUUGGCCACUUGGG